UUUUGUCUCUGUGUGCCGUCCUGCAGCGAAGAAGAAGAAGAAGAAAACGACUCGGUCUUCGCUGAUUUCUUUAAUCCUUCAACUUAAAUCCACUGAGCUUCCUCCUAAUUUUGCAGAUUCAAACAUGACACUCUCUCGAGAACAGCAAUUUUUACAUCUUCUUGUACGACGGCGUUUACGUUUCGCUCAAGAAAUCGGCUUAUUCGCCGUAGCAGCGGCCUUUUCGCCGGCGGCAAUGGCGGAGUCGGCGGUGGAUACUCCGCCAUCGCACCGGAGAAAUCUGGGGGUAGUAAUUGUGGUGUGCGUUGCGGUGGCGGUGUCGUUGGGCGCGUUGCUGUUGUGUGUGUUUGGCCGGAAAAUCGUGGCGAGUUUCCGGCAGGCGCGGCGGAAGCCUAGAGGAAGGCCGAGGGAUGAGAGUGGCAGGACGAAGCUGAGGAGGUUCGGAUUCGAGGAAUUGGAGAAGGCGACGAAGAAUUUCAGUAGCGAAGUUUUGUUGGGUUCUGGUUCGUUCGCUAAUGUUUAUAAAGGCGUUUUUGAGAGUGAAGAAAUUGUGGCCAUAAAGAGACCGCACGCUGAUUCCUACACAAGUGUUGAAGAAUUCAGAAAUGAAGUGAAGCUGCUGUCAUCAGUAAAGCACAAGAACCUUGUAGCUCUGGUGGGAUAUUGUGAAGAAACUACAGAGAAUGGAGGUGAGAGAAUAUUGGUUUAUGAAUACGUGCCAAAUGGAUCGCUGCUUGAUUACAUAAUUGGCCGUGAAGGAAGAAGCUUGACUUGGAGACACAGAGUUAACAUAGCUAUUGGAGCAGCCAGAGGGAUUGCUCAUCUGCACAUUGGGAUGAAGGAGAGCAUAAUCCACAGGGACAUAAAGCCAAGCAACAUCUUGAUCGGAGACGGAUUUGAGGCAAAGGUUUGUGACUUCGGGCUAGUGAGAUCGGGCCCCGUUGGCGAUCGAUCGCAUGUGAGCAGCCAGAUCAAAGGCACACCGGGCUACCUUGACCCCGCCUACUGCUCUAGCUUCCACCUGACUCCCUUCAGUGAUGUCUAUAGCUUCGGCAUCAUUCUUUUGCAACUCGUCUCUGCUCGUCCUGUCCUCCCUUCCAACCAACCCCUCCCUGAUUGCCAUAUUGUUGAAUGGGCGAGACCAAGCUUAGAAGCAGGCAGAGUUGAAGAGGUUUUGGAUGCAAAUCUUCUUGCAGAGCCAUGUGACAUGGAAGUGAUGCUAAAGAUGGGGCAACUUGGACUGCAAUGCACUUCACAACAUCCCAAACACCGCCCAACCAUGACUAAGGUUUGGCUAGAGCUAGAGGAAGCUCUUCAUGUAGCUGACAACUUCAUCAACAAGACGAAACUUCCGAGGCAGAAAUCAACGGAUCUUUGGUUCGGCAGGUCGACGGAAUUUGAAUACUCUCAAAGCCUAGUGAGCAUUGAAGGCAUCAAACUCGAGAAGUUUCACGUCGAAAUGGAUGGUUUUGCAUUCAAGAGUGUAAGCUUAAAGUGCCUGGAGAUUAAUAGUCUCUGCAUCGACAUCGAUCAGACAAGUAUCAAACAGCUGCCCGUGGCUGCAAAUGAUGAACAAAAUAAGAACUGAUUGUGACAAAGAUGCAUAAAAAUAGACCGGGCCAGAUUCGGUUCAGCUCGGUUUUUCUCUGGUCUGUAUAGUUGAUUGAACAUUUGGUGCAGACAAUUCAGUUUUCAGGAACAGAACAGAAGCUUCU